GGCAGGCAAACAGCCCCACCCUUGAAUCUUUCCAAAAUCAUGUUUUGGUUGUGGUUGCCGCGCUCACAUCUUUCCCCCUCGCAAUAAUAACCUUACUAAGCUUCCCCUCACAAAAUGAGCGAUCCAAUUUCCAGCACUCCAGCAUUGUACCGACCUUUAAAGGCAGCAAACGAUAUCGACGGGGAAUUCAGAUUAUUAACUCUCCUUCCAGGACGACAUGAAUCGCCAAUAUGUUGUAACCUGGCCGUGGCACCUAUCCACUCCCCGCCACACUAUGAAGCUCUAUCCUACACAUGGGGUAACCCAUUCAGCAGCAUCAGCGAGACGCAAGUCAGCGCAAUGUCCACCUUUACAAUCCGUCUCAAUGGCAAUAGUUUUCCGAUCGGGUUCAAUUUAGAAGGUGCUUUGAGAUCCCUGCGUUAUGAGGAGGAAGAUAGAAUCUUGUGGAUUGAUGCGUUGUGUAUUGAUCAGGGGAAUGAUGAGGAGAAGAGCUGUCAGGUGAGGGCUAUGUCGAGGAUUUAUCGGAAUGCGGGGGGUGUUCUUGCCUGGCUGGGGAGUGGGGAUCGUCAUGCGGAGUUGGCUUUUGAGACUUUGGAUAUCUUGUAUUGGGUUGCGGGGAGGAGGUUUGUUGAGUACUGCUCUACGUCUUAUGGGGUCGCUUUUGGUGAGACCUCAGAGCAGCAGAUUGCUAGACUUUUGAUGGAUAGUCCUGGGUUUCCGGAAGACAUUGCGGGAUGUUUGGACGCUUUUACUUCGAUUAGAUUUGAGAGGGAGGAAUUGGAGAUGCCGAUAGAGGGAUUGAGACAAGGUACCUGGCCGUCAUCAGAUACCACGAGAUUUGUAAAUGAUAUCCUUUUUAACCAUGAAAUCCCGGCGGAAUCAAGCGAAUUGCAAUCUCGGAUCAACUCAAUUCGCGAAGUCUUCAGUCUUCGAGGCUACUGGGACAGACUCUGGGUCCUCCAAGAACAACUCAUGGCCAAGAACCUCCUCAUCCUCUGCGGUCACCACAAACUUCAAAUUCACAAAAUGACUCUGAUCCGCUGGUUCCUGGAUGUGGAAAGUCCAUCCGGCUUCCUCGCCCCAAGAGAACUUGGUGGCUGUCUGAUUAAUCUUGUUGAUACCCAUGAUUUUGUUCUGAGGCGAAAGGAAGAUAAGAUAUCGCUGGCUGAAUUGGUACAGAUGUAUGGACAUCGGACAUGUUUAGAUCCACGAGAUGUUAUAUUUUCGCUUCUGGGUGUUGCGGCACCAAUUGAUGUCGAGAUUGAUUAUUCCCGGAGUGUUCAAGAUGUGUUUAAGCGUGCGACGAGGAAGAUUAUUGAGCAGGAGGGGGACUUGAAUAUUCUUUGCAAUGAUCCGAGACUGUCAACAGCACUUCAAGACAGAUUGGGGGACCAAAAAGCUCAUGGAUACAUAUCAAGUUGGGUGCCCAACUUCGGGGGUUCAUUUAGCACGAAUUAUUUUAUUGCGGAGGGAGCAACGUAUGACGCUCAAUACUAUAAAGCUGGUGGGUCGAAAGUUACGAGGAAAGUUUCAUCCGUUUCUCAUACGGAUGAUAACAUCUUGGUAUUACAUGGUUUUACAUUUGAUGAAAUUAAAACGACUCAUCCCCGUCAAUACGUUGGUAAUGCCGAAAGAUCUCUAUACUGGUCCGCUUCAAAUACGUGGGAACCAAACGUGUUAGACGCCUUGAGAAAAUACUGGGAUACCGCCCGAACUUGGUAUUUAUCAACUUCAACCCAUCAAAUUCCCGAAGAUGACUUCUGGAAAACUCUACUUCUUGAUAGGUAUUUCUGCUUUUUUACUCAUAGCACUGCACAAAAACAGCCAGUACUAAUUCGGUCUACUUAGGUAUCGAGACCAUUCCAAUUACACUCCCAGAAUGUCACAUACCACCUCCUCAAGACUCAAUUUCGAAAAUGACAUCAAACAAGCUAUAGGUGAUUCCUCGCCUCCUCCUAGGUUAUUGGAUUGUCUUGCGGAAAUGUCGGAGGGUAAGUCUUGUUGUGUCACUAGAAAUGGGGGGUUGGCUAUGGUGGUUGGGGAUGUGGAAGUUGGAGAUGUGGUUUUUGUGCCGAGGAAUUGUUCUUGUUGUUUGGUUCUGAGACCGUUGUUGGGAGGGAUAUUUGAGGGUCAGAGAUUUCGCUUGGUUGGACCGGCUUAUGUUCAUGGGAUUAUGGAUGGGGAGGUUAUUGAGGUGAUGGGGAGGAGGGGCGUUGAAGAGGAGGUGGUAUUUCUGGCGUGAUCACUGGAUUGACGUUAUGUAGAGCCACCAAGGGUGCAAGAGUUCGUGGCUAUAUUAAGCCUGAGAUGAUCCACCCUCUAUCAUUGUUCCGAUACUUAGGAAGGAGUCUAAUUGUAAAACACGUUCUGUGGCUUUUGUGGAACAAGCAUCUUUGAGUGUCAGUUGGUAUUGUGUUAAAAACACAGCCACUUAACUUUAGGCACAGCAACCUGACAUCAAGAAGAUGCACAGAGGCACACCUCAACCCAAUUUCCACAUAAUCCAAUAAUUAUAAACUCGGUUAUAUACAGCUUCCGCUCCAGAAGCUAAGAUCAUUUUUGAGACAAUAGAGGUACUGAUUCCCACAAAGUGACAUCUGUGAUCAACCUUUGCAGCUCUUCGUCGUCGAAAUGAGCCGGAAGGAGACUAAGUGAGGCUAUUUCAGAGCCUUGGGUACUCUCAGUUCGGCGGGCACAAGGCUUUAUAAGAGUCUGAUAUCACGGAAAGAGGUUGAAGAUUGACGGAAGUCUAUUGUGUCGGAGACGGUUGCUAAAAAAGGUCUGGUGGGCAUGAAACAAAUGUAAGUACUUCCCAGAAUUUUACGUUUAGAUAUACCGAUGUCCCACCAUAGCUAGACAUACGAAAUAAUAAUAAGCACAGUCCAAAAUAAGAAACUUAAGAGCUUUUCAUAACGUGAUCUGGAUGUCUUUGAAAUAAUUAAAGGUAAAGGUGAGCAAGCGCAAAACUCUGAACCGAUACCUUUUACCCAGCUACGAAAAGAUGACGAUACAUCGGUGCCAGUUACACAAACAUCCGAGGACAAUAUCGAACACUUUCACAGAAUUAAAGUAGACUAGGCCAUUUUUCUGAUACUUUUAACACGGGUGAUUAAUAUUGGUAGGGGCUCUGUUCACUCAGAAUAUUAUACCUUAAUAUCCAGUGGAGAUACGCUAAUACGUAUACCGUAGGUCUUUAAUCUACAUCUGUAUCUACAAUUCCUAAGGGCUUAAGGGAGGACUUUGCUUCAGGGCACGCACGCUGUAGCUACAGGCUCUUAUACUCUUAAUUAGGGUACUUCAAACCUAGGACUUUAUAGUAAGUAUAAAUAAGCUAGCGCGUUCUAUAGGUAUUACUACUUUAGUCCCUAAUAGUUAAGAAUAAAAAUUAUAUAAAAAUAUCCUAAUUAUAUUAGAGCCUAGCUAGUAAAAGGAAUGCCUAGAGACAGUAAAAUUAUAGGAAUAGGGGCAUAAACAGUCGUUCGUAGACUAUCUUAGCGCGACAUUAAGGACGAAAACAACCGCGAGAGGUUGUUUUCACUUUUACUACUAAAGCGAUAUUACAGGGCAACAUCGUGUAGAUCAAAAAUGCGAUCUACAGUGUCCUCACGUAGACGGAUUCAACACUAGGCCAAAGGAAGCAUAACACGCUCGGCGACGUCUGAAUACGGCCAUUUUCAUCAAAAAGUGGGACAUUGUUAAAGGACAAUAUUCUGAGUGAACAGAGCCUUAGCGAUAUCUGAGAAUCACCACUCAGGGAGACGGUAACAUAUAUUACUCUCAGCCAUAUCGAGGGCGAAGGGCAAACUUUGAAGACAGUACUUCUGCGACUCAAUACUUACAUACUCCCAAACCUGUGUGAUAAUCAACAGAGUGGAUUCGUUCAUUGCAUCCAUGUUGUGUCGAUAUUGUAGGUGAAAGCAAGAGGUCAAAGCGCCAAGCGAGACAUAAAAAAGGGGGUGGUAUCGGUAGAGAACAUUACAUUGCCCAAAUUAUAAACCGUUUCUGCCUGAACCACCUCAACAGAAAGUCGUCGGCACUUUUCAAAAGUAAUCUGUUCAUUCCGUAGAUCCCAACUCUCCGCACAUUCAUAGAAAAGACAUAUGAAAUUCGUUAUCCGUCACUUUCCCAUCUCCUACGCAGCAGCCUCCCCAAUAGCUUCCUUCUGAUGUCUCUUCCAAUAACCAGAAAGCAUUUCUUGUAACGAGAACCUGGGCUUUUCAGGUAGUGGUUUGCCGGUUUCGUCAAUACCUAAGAACUUCGCAAAAUCGUCACCCAACGAUCGGCAACUGGAAUUCCGUUCCAUUCCAGAGGGGGGGUGUGGAAUAUCCCAUUCCAUACCCCCUAUUCCACUGGAAUUCCAUAAUUCCAUGGAAUCGAGUUCCAUUUGCCGAUCGUUGUCGUCACCUGGUUUGAAUCGCGGGGUUUUGUCUCCAUCAUCGUCUGUUUACUGAACCCAACGUGAAAUGACAAGCCAGACUGCUUGUUUGAGAACUUUGCGAUAGCUGACUAUACCACGUCUCUGCUUUAUUCCAAAUAAGAAAAUUAUCGCCGCCGAAUAUGUCGCGAGGGAAACCACAAUUGUCGUUAUCGCAAAAGACUUAGUUUGACCGGGACUAUGAAUGUCGAACAUGUUUAUGCCGUAUAACGUCUUGUUUUGUAUUAGCAGGCAUUCUUGUGAAGGGAAUCUAUUUAUGCUGACAUACUGCUAUGAAACCUAGUGGGUUGAAUUUCCCAAAAGCAAACCAGAUUGCCAGCGAUAGGCGAUGUCUAGCAGUUCUCGUCAAGUUACCGAUUAUUUGUAGAUCCUGGGAGUUCUGUGACUCGGAUUGAGCCUUGAUAAGUUUUUAGUCGAUGGGCAUAGAUACACGAGUUUCAUCAGCUUUGCAUCUACUGCUUUCGAGACUGUUGGGCCCGUAUUUGUUCAAAUUUCGAAUAUCUCUAAGAGGGGUAAUACUCUCGGAAUCCAUACAAUAUUGGUUGAUCUUGCUGAAUGUAGAGAGAGCUAUCUACAACUUUGUUCGAUUCGUCAGAGAUACCAAGUUACUCAAUUUCUUCGGCGAUAUUAGGAGAAUCCACACGAUUGCAACCCGCGAGUUUCCCAUUCCACAGCUCUAAGUUCUCAAUCUUUUCUUUCCCCAGAUACAUCAGGCUUCGAGACAGAGGCGAGAUUGUAAAGCGAGAAGAAACUUUCGAGCUACACAAAGCUUUAUGCGUAUUGUAUUUGAAAGCCAACUGUAGGAGAAAACAUACAACAAUCAAAAGUCAAACGGAAUCGUGCUUUAGCAGACAAUGGACUGAGAUUUAAUUCUUGGUCCGAAAAACCCCAGACUACAGCGGAUCUUAGAUGGCGUAUGCAGUACCACCAGGAUCAACAGUAUUCGUGGCGGAGUUUCAACACUUACGCCAAAUACCUCAUACCGAAACACGAACCCCGCUUUUAUGUUGUACCAUUCUAGAUUACCUCGAAUAACCCCAUCCUUUUACACACCAGGACCAGGAAGCUUGGGCCUCUGGACUACAUGAUUUUGAUCAGUAUAGCCAAAGUUCACAAGACCAAACACUCCAUGUUUUCUACAAACCCUGGCCUCCUCCUCCGCGCCCUUCCUUUUCGGCCCUUCUCCCCCAAACUUUUCUUUCAAAUUUAGAAAAGGGAAGAAGAUCACGAUCUUAGGAAGUGAAGACUACAGAACUUAACUCGGUAAGAUACAUUUUCGCUGCGCUACGCCUGCCUAAAAUAGCUUAGGCUCGGAAAGAAGCAGAAUUGCUACAUACAUAUGAAUGAAAGAGGGAUUGUGAGAGGAAUGAUAAAUCUAGAAUGUUAGGUACAAGGUUUUGUCUUUAGAGUCGUGUGUUGAAUUUCUACUAUCCCUUACUCCGUAACAAGUAUUCUACCGGUAGGAACAGAUUCUAAGCAUUAACGUCAGUCUAUUAGAUUCGUAUUUAGUCCACACGCCUAAAUUGCUCAGUGUUAUAAAAACACCUUGAAAACCAGCUAAAGCGUGUAUAAUCGAUAAUGCAAAGUUUAGAAUGUCGUCGCCUAGGCACGAUCGAUGAGUAUAUGAUUUUUCGCGUACUUUUUGUCCCCUUUUUGAAGUAUAAGUAUAACUACCUUUCCUACUACAUCUACAACUACUUCUUCUACCUCAAUCGUACUUUAUUUCUUCUUUUUAACAUACCUCCACUCGGAUGUAGUAAAGGCGACUCUUUAACCUACAAAAACCCGGCCAAAUUAGCGAAGUCAAGGGGUAAAUGAAAGGCUCCUAUUUACAUCCCCUUGCACACUCCUCCAAGACCACGUCCACGGCGCGAUAUACUCCUGUCUAUUAUCCUACUUCUGACGAGACGUUCCAUUUUGAUACUUGGCACGGCCUGCUUAGGUUUAGCGUAAGUGUUGUAUCUAGGUACUUAGCGCUUAUUGUGUUCACGAGUAAUAGAGGGAUUCCGCAAAUUUUGGUGGGCCUAAAACAGUUCCGAAAAUGCGUAAAAAUCGAUUAAAAGUAGUAAGUUAGUAAGACUUUUGUUAACUAGUUACUCUACCAGACUUGCCAAGGGAUAGGGUCAGGCCCCCCCUUGCCCUUCCCCUGUACCCACCUUGUAAACCCGCUUUUAUCUAUCUAACGCCGAUAAACCCGACGAGGAAAUACAACUUUUUCAAGUAUCGAAAACAAGUCUUCCCUUACGUAAGGGAAAGUAAAAAAAGAGACUUUUGCGCUAGAUUUUUGUGACUCGAUUUUCGAUAGUACUUAGUUAGCUAUCCCCCCUCCCCUCGAGGCCUACUUCUACCCGCUCUAUAUAAUACUAAGCUAGGCUCUCCUACCUAUUUUAACUACAGCAAGCGAAACACUUAACUUUUAAUCAAUUUUACCCUGUACUUACGUUGCUACUUUUCUAGGGUAGAAAAAGACCCUAAAAGUCUACAGAAUCCCUCUAAUAUAUUAUAACGGGGAAUCCUGACUUGAUUACUGGACAGUACAAGUACUAUCCCGGGACACCUGAAAACGCCAUGACCAUCGCUGGAAAAUUGGCACUACACGUAUACUGCCAACCUAAAAAUUCUCACAUCCCGGAUUCUGGGGCGCAGAUCCCCAUUCAGAUCUGCAUCUGCAUCUGCAUCUGCAUCUCCCUUUUGCACUCUCCACAACUCUAUUCUCUAUUUUCAAUUCGAACCCACGAUAUCCCGUCUAAAAUCUAUUAUGUAACCCCACAACCAUUAAAGGCCGACCGCUCAUCAUCAUCGCCCUCGCGCUUUUCCUCAUCAUCACAGCAACAACCUCAUACUGGUACACCACAAACAGCACACACAGCACCUUCACCUCACUCCUCGCGCCACUUCGAAGCUCACAAUCCUCCCCACACACCACCCCUAACGAUGCCUUCCCCAUCACCAAAACCGUCGCAGUAAUCAUCGAAACCCGUCCACUGACAAUACUCAUCCCCCUAAUCCUGCAUUUCACCACCAUCCUCGGCCCAACAUGGCCCAUCCUCCUCCUCACGCGGCGCUCCACAAUCCACACGCUCUCAGUAUACGGCCACGGCUCCGCAGCAUUCAAACGUCUCCUCGCCACAGGACAAGUAAAAAUCCUCGAGCUCCCAACCGACUCGUACCUCAAGAACCACCUCGGGAUAAGCCACUUCCUGGCCUCCAAGUGGUUCUGGAACCUGAUGGGGAGCGCAGAAUACAUGUUGAAUUUCCAAACGGACAGCGUGCUAUGCGGCAACAGCGGACGCACGAUCGAGGAUUUCUUCGGCUUCUCCUUUGUCGGCGCGUGGCACCCUUACGCGGGUGGAGCGUAUAACGGGGGCCUUUCAUUGCGCAACGUGAGUUUGGCGCGGGAGGUGGUGCAGAAGUACGAUAUUGCGGAUGAUGUUGGGGAACAAGGGUCGCGCGAUGGGGUUUUUGAGGAUGUGUGGUUUUGUAAUAAGAUGCGGGGAUUGGGGGGCACGUUUCCGGAUGAGAAGACGGCGAGUGGGUUCUCGGUUGAUCUCGUGUGGGGGGAACGGCCCUUGGGGUAUCAUGGUGUGAAUAAGAGCUCGCAAUAUGAGAAAUUGGGCGAGGAGAAGGUGAAGAGUAUGUUUAGGUGGUGUCCUGAGGCGGCGCUUGCGGCGAAGGCGGAGAUUGUGGGGUUGAAUGAGGAGGGGAAGAUCAAUGUUACAGAAGUUGACGGUGGGGAGACGGAGGGGGGUGCGCGGUUAUAUAUGGAUUGAAUAGAUAGGUUAUAGAUGAGUCUCUAGAUGUAAUGUUAAUAAUGUGAGUUAUGAUAUUUUUGGUGCUAGCCGCGCUCUCUUGGCAGGGUCUUUUGAAGGAGGUGCACAUCUUCCUAUUCGAGCUUUGGGUUGAUGUAAGACUAGGAAAGUAAUACUGAUUUGUAUAGAAUAUAACAGAAGGCACAUCGGAUAUAUAUCCGUAUAACAUAUAUACAUAUAUUUUAUCUCGUUAGACUGACUUAGAACAAGCAUUUGAAAAACUCUUCGAAAUACCAUUAGUACGAAUGAGAGUUUAG